AUGUCGUCACGGCCGGGGGCGGGUCCGGCGGAUCGAGGAGCGAGGCCGUGGUCGGGCGGAGAAAGAGAGCAAGAGGUCGCGAUGGUGUUUGCGAGCGGCGGCACUGGUACGGCUUUUGCACAGCUCGGAGGAGGAUGUUCGGAUUGCCGCUGUAUAACGCAGCCCAACCCAAAAAGCCGAGCCUCCGAGGGCGGGCGCAUGAAGCACGUAUGCGCGUUAUUUUUGUCAAUUCCUGACACGCCAACGCCUCGCUCCUCUGCCCGCCGCCCUGCCCGUACUGCCCACGCCCGCCCAGGCGAUGAACGCUACCCGGCCGACGCCUGGCCAAGGAGCCUGCAAAACAACGCAUCGCCAGCGCGCUCAGGGAUGCGAAGGGCUCAGCACGCGCCCCGAAGAUUAGAUGAAGAUCUGAGCGCGGUGGGGGCCGCUGCUUCAUUGUGUCAUGAAACGAGGCUUCGUGGAAGAUCUGGCGGCGAAUCGUUCGUCCAGCUCCUCCUUUCCCAAUGGGCCGCCGAUCAGAUGGGCCCCGACGCUCCUGUAAGCUCGUCAACGGCCGCCUUUGUUAGGGGCUGA